UCCUUUUUCCCUCAGACGUCAGGAGGAGCCCGAGCGGGCCGGGAAGGCAGCGCCCAGCCGCGCCACGCAGCCCAGCCUCACUCUCCCGCAGGCUGCCGGACGGGACGGGACGGGACAGGACAGGAGAGGGGCUCCUCCUCCUCCCGCCGCCUUGCCUGGGUUGGGCCGAGGGAGCGAAGAAGGGAAAGGCCGGUUGGGUGGGCGGCUGGGUGGUCUGCCUGCCGGUGCGGCCAUGGCGGACGUCUUCCCCCUGGUGGAGCCCGGCUCGGGCUCCGAGGAGGUGGCGCAGCGCUUCGCCCGCAAAGGGGCCCUCCGCCAGAAGAACGUCCACGAGGUGAGGAACCACAAAUUCAUCGCGCGCUUCUUCCGCCAGCCCACCUUCUGCAGCCACUGCACCGACUUCAUCUGGGGAUUUGGAAAACAAGGGUUUCAGUGCCAAGUUUGCUGUUUUGUGGUUCACAAAAGGUGCCAUGAAUUCGUUACCUUCUCAUGUCCUGGGGCAGACAAGGGACCCGACACUGAUGAUCCCAGAAGCAAGCACAAGUUCAAAAUCCACACAUAUGGAAGCCCAACGUUUUGUGACCAUUGUGGGUCACUGCUUUACGGACUUCUUCACCAAGGGAUGAAAUGUGACACCUGUGAUAUGAACGUCCACAAGCAAUGUGUAAUAAACGUCCCAAGUCUUUGUGGAAUGGAUCACACAGAAAAAAGGGGGAGGCUUUAUUUGAAAGCUGAAGUGGAUGGUGACAAGCUAGAGGUCACAGUGAGAGAUGCAAGGAAUCUAAUUCCGAUGGAUCCAAAUGGACUUUCAGACCCAUAUGUGAAGCUGAAACUUAUUCCAGAUCCCAAGAAUGAGAGUAAACAAAAAACAAAAACCAUCCGCUCCACACUUAAUCCUCAUUGGAACGAGACAUUCAAGUUUAAAUUAAAGCCUACAGACAAAGAUAGAAGGUUGUCCGUGGAAGUUUGGGAUUGGGACCGAACAACUAGGAAUGAUUUCAUGGGCUCUCUUUCUUUUGGGGUGUCAGAACUCAUUAAAUCACCGGCAUGUGGAUGGUACAAACUACUUAACCAGGAAGAGGGUGAAUAUUACAAUGUUCCAAUACCAGAAGCUGAUGAGGAUGGAAAUGCUGAACUGAGGCAGAAAUUUGAGAAAGCUAGACUUGGUCCUUCAGCAAACAAAGUCAUCACUCCAACUGAAGAUCGGAGCUUACCAUCCAAUAACAUUGACCGGGUGAAGCUUGAAGAUUUCAACUUUCUCAUGGUUCUUGGGAAAGGAAGUUUUGGGAAGGUGAUGUUGGCAGAACGGAAGGGAUCAGACGAGCUGUACGCAAUAAAAAUAUUGAAAAAAGACGUGGUGAUUCAGGAUGAUGAUGUAGAGUGUACCAUGGUGGAAAAGAGGGUCCUAGCCCUACAAGACAAACCUCCUUUCCUAACACAGUUGCAUUCUUGUUUCCAUACAGUGGAUCGCCUAUACUUUGUCAUGGAAUAUGUGAAUGGUGGUGAUCUCAUGUAUCAUAUCCAGCAAGUAGGAAAAUUUAAGGAGCCCCAAGCAGUGUUCUAUGCAGCAGAGAUCUCGGUGGGGCUUUUCUUUCUUCAUAAAAAAGGCAUUGUGUAUCGGGAUUUGAAAUUAGAUAAUGUAAUGCUGGAUUACGAAGGACACAUCAAGAUUGCCGAUUUUGGGAUGUGCAAAGAGAAUAUGAACGAUGGAGUAACAACGAGGACUUUCUGUGGGACUCCAGAUUACAUUGCACCUGAGAUUAUUGCCUAUCAGCCAUAUGGAAGAUCAGUGGACUGGUGGGCCUAUGGCGUAUUGUUAUAUGAGAUGCUAGCUGGUCAGCCUCCAUUUGAUGGUGAAGAUGAAGAUGAGCUUUUCCAGUCAAUAAUGGAGCAUAAUGUUUCUUACCCCAAAGCGAUGUCCAAAGAAGCUGUGUCCAUUUGCAAGGGGUUAAUGACUAAACACCCUGUGAAACGUCUUGGCUGCGGUCCUGAGGGGGAGAGAGAUAUUCGGGAGCAUGCCUUCUUUAGAAGAAUUGACUGGGAGAGACUUGAAAACAGGGACAUCCAGCCUCCAUUCAAACCCAAAGUUUGUGGCAAAGGUGCUGAAAACUUUGACAAGUUCUUCACCAGAGGACAACCAGUGUUAACGCCACCCGAUCAGCUUGUCAUUUCCAACAUAGACCAAACCGAUUUUGAAGGCUUCUCCUAUAUCAACACCCAGUUUGUACAUCCCAUGUUGCUGAACGUAGUAUGAAAAACAGACAGAGAGAGUCCUCACAAGUCAAAUAUUGUCUGUACCCUGGAGUUUUUAGACCUUUGCCUUCUUGAUUCCAUUUGGGUCUGAAAAUUUUAGGGGGAAGAAAUAAGAAAGCUACAGAGGUUUACAACAAAGAAUGUGUGGUCUUAGAUCACAACAUAAUACCCAAUGUAUUCUCCUAGGAAUCACUGUUGCUUUUAGAUUACUCUUACGAAGCUAGCCUUUGUCAUUUUUAUAACUUCUAUGUCUUACUUUGUACCCUGUAACUCUGAAGUUUUCUUCUUAUAGGAUUUAUAACAAAUUUAAGAGUAUAAUGUAGGCUUGAGAAAAGUACUUAGUCAUUUUCAAAAACCAGUCUGACAUAUUGCACAUGCAGCCAAAUGCGACCAGUCCCUCUCAUUGGUCUGCUUGGUGUUCAAUGAUGGGAUGAAUGACUAGAGAACAAUAGGCCUGAAAAUGUAAAACAAUUGAAAUAGAGAGAAGUUAGAGAUAAAGUUUUUAAAAAUGCCUCACUAUUUAAGAUAAGAAGGUACUUAUUGAAGCAAAUCAAUCGUGAAUCAGGUCCAUAAGAACUUUUCAAAACAGUUUUUUCAAACUAGAGGCUAUGGACUGGGAAAACUAAAUAUGUACGAUAAAAGCGAACUAGAAUCUGUGAUGAAUUUGCUCAAAGGUAAAACUGCAUAAUACUGAUGUGUAUAUUAAUUUAAUCUCCAUGAGAUUAUACUGUGAUCCAGGGUGCCAUUUUACUACUUAAUUUCCACCACUACUCAAGUUUAUGUCAAGACCGUGCUAAAACCUUUUCCAAAAGAUUUCUUAUCUUGAGUCUGAAGCAAAUCUGCAAUUUAUACUUAUUUAUUUAGUGAACUGCAUGGUCGGUAUUGAGUAUGGAAAGUGUUUGUACAGUCAAUUAAUAGAUGCAUAAGGUUCAGAAUCUCUCCCUCCUUCUGCAAAUCCAUCAUUUUUAACAUUGGCUCGAGAGACUUGGAACCACAAAAGUAAAGAACAAAGUGAGAAUUCGAGAUUCAGCCGAAAAUAUUUUCUUCAGCUGGGGCUCUUCUCCUUGAAGUUGAAUACGGUCUUUGAAUCAUGCAUCAUGCAAUGAACUUUGCAUGUUACUAGUAAUAAGCAUUAAAUUAAUCUGUAUUAUGGAUAAGUGUAUCAAGUAUGAAGAUAAUGAUAUCCAUUUUUAUAAGACACAUCUGUUCUAUAUUUGUGAAGGUUCUUGUUCGGGAUGACCAUUCAUUAGAUUUAGCUUUCAAGUUUUGUUAUUGCUAUUUUUUGUUUCUGAUUUUUUUUAAGGUUCUGCAUAAUGUUAAUAGCUUAGGGAAAUUAUGUUUUCUUCUUAGGUAGGUCUACUGCUAAAUUAUGAUGGCUACUUGUGUGUUUUCUACAAAUAUGCAUGCAUGCUUCACAUGCAUGUAUCAUUUUAAAAAUUGCUUAACAGCUCCCAGGCUGCUAAAUAGAAACUGUUGGUGCAUGUAAAGGCAUCCUUCACCCUUGUAUUACCCUUUAUGGCUGUCCAGCCUGAAAUCCAUACAUUUUGGCUAUUUAAUAAGCAGCUCUAGGUUUGUGCGUUAUGGGGAAGAGGACUUGGACGGGAAGCUUUGGGAAGAGCUGACUGCCCGCUCAGAACCAGUGCAUGUCCGUUUUUUAAUUUUCGUUUUUGUAGAUGUGGCUGGAAUUGAUGGGUAUUACAUGUUAACAAUGUUCAGAAAAGGAAAAGAAAAGUAGUUCAGUCUUAUGAGCAAACAGCUUUCCUCUGUAGAAUGUGCGUCCUCUUUUUAAAUAGUUCAUACUUUUCCCGCUCCCUCCUUUACUGGAAGAUGCUGAUUUUUAAGACCGGUAAAUAUUUUAUUUUCAUUUGAGGCAUGUAAUGUGGUAUGCUUUCCCUCUAUAAUGUUUCCCUUCUUAAUAUUUGUAAACUUGAAUACUGAAUAUGUGUAUGUCCGUGCCAGGAUCUUGUCACGUCUCUUGCUGUAGGAAAGGCCUCCCGCCUACCAUUUUUGCUAUGCAAAAAUGUGCUCUAAAAAUGAAGCAUUUCUCAAAAA